AUGUCUAAAAGCAAACUUUACCAUCAAGUUGACAAUGGUAUUGUCGCAGUGAAAAGCAAAAUUGAGAGAAUAAAGCAUUUUUCUACAACAGGAGAUGGAAUAGAGGAAAUAAAUGGAUAUGGAACAAUGAAACCAAAAAAUUUGAUAUCAAGUAUUCUUGGUGGCACUCCUGGAAAACCAAAAUCAUUGGCUAUAUCUAAUCCACAUGAUUUUAGGCAGGUAUCAGCAAUAAUUGAUGUAGAUAUAUUGCCAGAGACUUGUCGCCGUGUACGCUUAUUAAAACAUGGUUCUGACAAACCAUUAGGAUUUUAUAUUAAAGAUGGAGAAAGUUUCCGAUUAUUACCAUCAUCUGCAGGAGGUGGAAUUGAGAAAGUUCCAGGUGUAUUUAUUAGUAGAUUAGUACCAGGUGGUUUAGCUGAAAGUACAGGUCUUUUAGCAAUGAAUGACGAAGUUCUUGAAGUAAAUGGUAUAGAAGUUGCUGGAAAAACUCUAGAUCAGGUUACAGAUAUGAUGAUUGCCAAUUCUUCGAAUCUCAUAAUCACAGUAAAACCAGCAAAUCAACGAGCAGCAUUAGCUGCUCUAAGACACGACUCAUUUACACAAUUUUUUGGAAGUCAAAGUGCUAUCACUGGUAAUGAUGAAGAUAUAGAUGAAAUUCUAAAUUUAACUAAUGUACAAGAUGAUGUAUCAAAUAAUCGUAAUUAAGGUGUCUUGCAUAAAUGAAUGUG